AUGCAACUCUUCGCCUUCGGUUCGCUCCCGUACAUUCUCAUCCUCAUGACUUUCUUCGUCCAACGGGAACAGUACAGGGACCCUCCCGAGACAGACCCAUCACCGCAAGACCCCUCGGACCGUCCCCUUCCUCGGACGCUCUUCUGCCCCUUCUUCCUGAGCAUCAUGCUUCUCCUCUCAGUUGCCAGCGUUGCCGUGCCAUUGGCGAAGACCUCUGUCGCCUCUCGUGAUGAUGACUUCUUAGCUGUGCUUGGCGUCGGCCCCGGUUCCGGCGGCAAUAACUUCGGCCACCUCUUUUCGGUGCACUACGUCUACACCUGCAUCGCCAAUGCGGCCGUCAGCAUCGCCGUUCUGGUCCGCAUCUUCUGCUGGAGCGGGAUCCCGGGCCGGAAGGCCGCGACGCUUUACUACGUCGUCCUCCUCGUCCCUGCCUGCUCCCCAUGCACGACGGGAAGGCGGACGUCAUCGCGGGCCUCAUCUUCAGCCGCGUUCUGCUCUUCUUCGGCGUCGGGAUCGCUGCGCGCGCAUCUUGCCAGUCAGGUGUUUGCGGUUGUCGCGAUGGUGCAGGGUGCCGCGGCCAUAACCCUCGUCCUUGUGACCGGCCUCGCGAUGCGGUCCGAGGCCAAAAGCCCGCUACCGUUGGGGAUCUUGUUUGCUGCUUCGUUGAUGAUUUUUCUCACUAUCACCGGCGCAAAGGCGGUUACAGAAAGCCCUGCGAAUGGAUGA